UGACAUAUAGGGGAUCUUUUAAAGGUCUUUUAUAUAGGAACCUUUAACGAUAACACUGAAUGUGAAUGUGUAAUAUGGUUUUAAAAAAUCAGGUAAAACAAAUUACACUAAUUUGGUUACAUGUGUGCAUUGGUUUUGAGUUGAGGGCUCAUUAUGUUAAAAUCACAGAAUUGUCAGCUAGACCUUUAUAAUUCCACACUCUCAAAGUAUUUUUCCAACAAUGCAGUUGUGCUUUAGGAAUUAUGUAAGGCUUGGCUCCUCAUUAAGUUGAUAAUUCAUCAGCAGACCAACGAGCGCAUAGCAGAGCCUUUGUUCACAGGAUCCCAGGCAUGGCCCAGCCUUUGUGCUUGCGCAACUGAGGGGUGUCGCUUUACACCGUCACUCAACAAUCUCUGCCCUAUCCGCUUGCUGCAUUCUCUCUGGCUGCCCUUGAGCUGGAAGCUUACUUGUGUGACAAGGCACUCGAGUCACACUCCAGAUGUCAAAGUUUGUCGAAGGGCACAUUGAGAAACAACAUGGGAUGAUAUCUGAGUGUGUGUGUGUCGAGGAAAGCAAGUCACCAGUGACAUGGUUCCGGGUGACGGAAUGGACCAGACUGCGUGCCACUCCAGGAGAAGCUCCACCUACAAUAUGUCUAACGGUGGGGGCGGAGCUGGAGGGGUGAGUAGCUCCACCCACCUCCUGGAUCUGUUGGAAGAGCCAAUUCCUGGAGUGGGCACCUACGACGACUUCCACACCAUCGACUGGGUCAGAGAGAAGUGUAAAGACCGCGAGCGACACCGCAAGAUUAACAGUAAGAAGAAGGAGUCAGCAUGGGAGUUCACAAAGAGCUUGUAUGAUGCCUGGUCUGGGUGGCUGGUGGUGACAUUAACAGGGUUGGCUUCAGGUGCCUUGGCGGGUUUGAUAGACAUUGCUGCUGACUGGAUGAAUGACCUGAAGGAGGGUGUGUGUCUGAGUGCCCUGUGGUUUAACCAUGAGCAGUGCUGCUGGGGCUCCAACGAGACCACGUUCGCCGAGAGAGACAAGUGUCCACAGUGGAAAACGUGGGCUGAGCUCAUCCUGGGCCAAGCCGAGGGUCCUGGCUCCUACAUUAUGAACUACUUCAUGUACACGUACUGGGCUCUGGCCUUUGCCUUCCUGGCUGUUAUUCUGGUCAAAGUGUUUGCCCCGUACGCCUGUGGCUCUGGGAUCCCUGAGAUUAAGACCAUCUUGAGCGGGUUUAUAAUCCGGGGUUACCUGGGCAAAUGGACACUGAUGAUAAAGACCAUUACUCUGGUGUUGGCCGUGGCAUCAGGACUCAGUCUGGGGAAAGAAGGCCCGCUGGUACACGUGGCCUGCUGCUGCGGCAACAUCUUCUCAUACCUCUUCCCCAAGUACAGCAAGAACGAGGCCAAGAAACGAGAGGUGCUGUCUGCAGCUUCAGCUGCGGGUGUGUCCGUGGCGUUCGGAGCUCCUAUUGGAGGAGUUCUCUUCAGUCUUGAGGAGGUGAGUUAUUACUUCCCGCUGAAGACCCUAUGGCGGUCGUUUUUCGCUGCCCUGGUGGCAGCGUUCGUGCUUCGCUCCAUUAACCCCUUUGGGAACAGCCGCUUGGUCCUGUUCUAUGUGGAGUACCACACACCCUGGUACCUGUUUGAGCUCUUCCCCUUCAUCCUGCUCGGUGUAUUUGGUGGUCUGUGGGGCGCCUUCUUCAUCCGAGCCAACAUUGCCUGGUGCCGCCGGCGCAAGUCCACACGCUUCGGUAAGUACCCAGUCCUGGAGGUGAUCACGGUGGCAGUCAUCACAGCUAUCGUGGCUUUUCCCAACCCAUACACACGGCAGAACACGAGUCAGCUGAUUAAGGAGCUGUUCACGGACUGCGGGCCGCUAGAGUCAUCACAGCUGUGCCAGUAUCGCAGCCAGAUGAACGGGAGCCAGGCAUAUCCAGAGGGCACGGAGGCCACCACCACUCCUGGGGUUUACUCUGCCAUGUGGCAGCUCAGCCUGGCACUCAUUUUUAAGAUCAUCAUGACCAUCUUCACCUUUGGCUUAAAGGUUCCCUCUGGUUUGUUCAUUCCCAGCAUGGCGAUUGGGGCGAUUGCGGGUCGUAUUGUGGGCAUUGCUGUGGAGCAGCUCGCUUACUACCACCAUGACUGGUUCCUGUUUAAGGAGUGGUGUGAGGUGGGUGCAGAUUGCAUCACUCCGGGUCUCUAUGCCAUGGUAGGAGCUGCAGCUUGCUUGGGUGGUGUAACGCGGAUGACUGUGUCUCUGGUGGUCAUUGUGUUUGAGCUGACUGGUGGGUUGGAGUACAUCGUGCCCCUCAUGGCUGCAGUGAUGACCAGUAAGUGGGUGGGAGACGCGUUCGGGCGCGAGGGCAUCUACGAGGCCCACAUCCGCCUCAACGGCUACCCAUUCCUGGAUGCGAAAGAAGAGUUCACACACACCACGACAGCGCGCGAGGUGAUGCGGCCGCGACGUAACGAGCCACCGUUAGCAGUGCUAACUCAGGAUGACCUGACACUGGGAGAACUGCAGACCAUCAUCAAUGAUACGAGCUACAACGGCUUUCCUGUCAUCGUCUCCAAAGAGUCCCAGAGACUGGUGGGGUUUGCGCUGCGCAGGGACAUCACUAUAGCUAUAGAGAACGCACGGAGGAAGCAGGAAGGCAUCGUGCUAAACUCGCGUGUGUAUUUCACGCAGCAUGCCCCAACGCUUCCUGCUGACAGCCCGCGUCCUCUGAAGCUGCGCAGCAUCCUGGACAUGAGUCCCUUCACCGUCACAGACCACACGCCCAUGGAGAUUGUCGUGGACAUUUUCCGCAAGCUUGGCCUGCGCCAGUGCCUCGUCACGCACAACGGGAUUGUAUUGGGCAUCAUCACUAAGAAGAAUAUUUUAGAGCAUCUGGAGGAGCUCAAGCAGCACACGGAGCCCCUGGCGUCUCCUUGGUAUUAUCACAAAAAAAGAUAUCCUCCGUCAUAUGGCCCAGAUGGCAAAUCAAGAUCCCGAGUCAAUAAUGUUCAACUAGUGCCCUCCUACACCAGACGCGAGGAAGAGGAGAGUGAAGAGGAGGUCCGAUUACUGGACAAUAUGUCCCACUGACCCGUUUGUGUCCCGCGCCCCCACCCCCUGUCCCGCAUGGCUCCUAACUGGGGACCGGCUGCACUGGUGGAAUCUUCCGGAUCUCCAUCCAGGCCUUCAGGAAGAAGAAGAAGAAGAAAGACUUCCCUGAAAAAGGCUUGAAAGAUGAUCCAGAGCUUCAGCCAUUGAAGGAAAUGCACUAAUGCUAAUGUACUUACACAUGGGCAUGCACUGAUCCCGCUCAGGCACCUUCACUCGGUCUCACAUUGUUAGACCUCAGAAGGGUGAAAGGUCAUGAUGAGCCACACGAGUGCAAGGAGGGACCGUGACGAUAAAACUCUGAUCACAUACCGCUGUGACUCCUGCCACCUGAACAGCCCUGCAGCGUUCCCACUAAAGACUCCGCAAUCGUUGUUUACCUGUAAUACAUGAGCUUGAGAGAGAGAGAGAGACUGUCUGUGUGUGUGUGUGUGUGUGUGUGUGUGUGUGUGCGCGUGUGUGCGCGCGUAUUCGAAUGUGUGUAAGUGAGAGAGAAAAUGAAAAGUUCCCCUACAUUCCAGUCAGGAUGUCACUCUGUGUCUUUCGCUUUUUCCAUCUGAGGCAAGACAAAAAAAAAAAAAAACUGCUGUGGAUGUGUGUGUAUUUGUGUGUGUGAGAAUGAUGAAACUGUGAUCCAUCAAGUAUUUAUCAUUGUGAGAUGAUCAAAUGUACAAAAGGAAGUUUGACACCACCAUGUGCAAAGCUGCCUAAAGUGAUUUUACUUAGUUUUUCUUAUUUUAAUUUUCAGCACUACAAAUUGUCAGGGAAAUAAGGGCAUGAGGCCAGUUACAUUUUCCUGACAUGUCAACCACCUGCAAACUUUUUGUGGUACUUAUCUGUUGUUGUUUUUUUUUUUUUUUUUUUUUUUUUUUUUUCCCCCCCCCGAGUACUUAUUGCUACGAAAGCUAGAUGUAUUAUUAAUUGUCUAAUCUACCAAGUAUGUCCUCUCAGUUUUAGUAAGAAAUGUGACUUCUUCAAAGAUGCUGCACUUGUUUUUGAAAGUCCUUACCGGCUCGAUGUGCAAGUUUCAUCAGUCACUUUCAGGCAGGUAUGUGUAACUGGAGCAAAUAUUAAUGACUCAUCUCAGCGCAUGCUUCCUCUUAUUAUUAUUUUGCAGCUUGAAAAUGAACCUGUGUUUAACUGAAUAAAAGUACGGCCCAGCUUCUAUCUGUAAUCAAACGACUGAAACGUGUAACACUGGAAGUUUACACAGUCUUAGAAACGUCUUCACAUUUGAAAUCUCAGCAGCUGUCAUGUAAUCGUGGAUGUUUUUCUGGACAGUGUAUGAGAUUUUGAGAGCUGCUGUAGUUGGGGUGGGGAAUAUGGCCGAAAUAUGUGUGGUGGCCUGAGAAAACAAUCCAGCAACUUGAUCAAAGCGUGACAGGACUGUGUGAGGAAAAAACACAUGGACAUCUUCAUUUUUACCACCAUGUUUAUUAAUCUGGCUCCUUACACAAUGUGAAGACAACCUAGGCAAGGAUUAAAAUAAACAUGUAUGUCGAAAUAUAUUUAUGCUUUCUUAUAUUCAAUGUGUCAAAGUAUGAUACAGGCAGAAAAAAAAUUCAGCCACAGGGUCGGGUCUGACAGGUUUUCCCAGACCACCACAUGUAUAUCAUGAUACUUAGAAACAUUUUUAAGAUUCUGGAUUUUUUUCCAGCAGAACAGUAAUGGCUCAUGAGCUAUGGAAUAAAAAGGUCAUUUGAUGUCCACAGAACCACUGAGAAACACCAACAAUGUGGAAAAAUAUAAUAUUGUGUACUAAAAUCUUCUUUAAUGUCCAAUCAGCUGCGUGCUGUUGUGAGUACCUGUGUAGUUGGUUAGUAAAAACAACUGAUGAUACCCACAAUAUCUUAGAAAAGUGUACUAUGAUGUAAUUAAUCACAGUAAUAAUCACAGCCCAGCCCUCAUCCCUGGGGAUUAAGUGCAACUUUACAUAAGGAGGUGAAAACCCUGUCACUGAAACUCUCGUGGAUCUGAAAGCUUCACCACGAGGUGACAGCACAGCACAUCAUCGGUACUGAUUAUUUUUCUUUAACAGCACUCCGUGCUGUGCUUUAUUUUUUAUCAUAAUCAAAGUGCAUUUGUAGGUCUGAAAGCUCUAUUAGCAUUCUGGUUCAAAUAAUGUUCUGGCAAAAAUGAGUCAAUAUUUAAUGCCACAGUCUCGGUGUACUUCAGUGGAUGGGCAGAUUUUUGAGUUUUGACCUCGUCACCAUCAAAUUUGUCCUUUCUUCCUUCAGUGCUGCUUUGUGCGUGUUUUUGUUUGUUUUCUCUCUACUGAAUUAAUCAUUUUUAACAGUUCAACUUUUGCAUUCUGUCACCUCCAUACUCUGGGGGGAAGUUGCAUCCUCUAAAAUACUACUGAUGAUGUCCUCACAUUGUUUUCUUGUCCUUGUCCUCGUCCUCUCCUCCUGUUUUAUAAGCUGUUAGUCUCAGAUCUCAACUGCAGUCUGUGUUUGUCAGGUUAUGAAGGAAAAAAAAAAAAAAAGCUAAAAUGACUGUCCUCACAAUGUUCCUCUCAUUUAUUUUUUAAUUUAUAUUAGCACUAGAUUUGUACAUUACUGUAAAUUUUAAGUACAAUUACAUAUGAUUGAUGGUUUGAUUGUACAUUUAAAAGGUGUAAGAUUAAAUUGUUUAAAAUGAA